CUCCUCUCUCGCCCCAUUCUCAUUGCCCACAACCGUGCAACUUUUACUCAAGACCCCGUGGACCAUCCUUGGGAAACAGUAAACCUCCGACCUAGAGGUUGCGGAGGUAAAAAAGCCUUCCCUAUCUAUGGCGGACCCGUUCGAUGUUCGCGCUCAGGGUGCCCCCGCUCCGCACAGCGGAGCUGGACAGCAGCAACAGAGCUCUUCCUCACCGCGGCCUGGCUGGCCUGGCGUUACCGCCGGCAGCGGCGGUGGCGGUGGCGGUGCGGAGUGGAUGCCGCCGCCCGAACAGGUUCCGGAGUACGACGCUCUGUUUCGGAGUGCCUCCGCGGGAUGCGCUGUGCCCGGGACGGUGUCCGGCAGGAUCGCCGUGCAGUUCUUCAGCCGUUCCGGGCUUUCGAAGGACGUGCUGAAGACGGGAUCCCUGUCGUCCCAAGGGACGGCCCCCCUCCCUUCGAUCUCCGCGCUCGAGGCGACGAGGCACGCACGGUUACCUCUGCCGCGCAUGGGAGGGUUUCCGUCAGGCUUUGGUGUUGGCGCUGACGGUAUUGUUGGUGGUGGUGGAAGCGACAGAUUGCCGUCUGCGUCGUCGGCCGCUGCUCCGGCUGUCUUGUCGCCCUUCGCCGUCGCCGCUGUGGCAUCGCCGUCGUCUGUGUUUAGUAACACCUUCCAGGCUCCGCCGCCCACCGCUGUUGGUCCGGGAAGCGAGGUGAGCAUGGGCACUAUCAACGCGGUCUGGGGCACUGCUGCGGAUGAACCGAGAACAGAGAGCGGCCAACAGCGGCCUCUUCCCGCCCACGAAGCGGUCGCGUCAGCACCAGCGACAUCGGCCAGCGAGGACGACGACUUCGGAGAAUUCGCGGGCUGCCAGGAAGAGCCACAACACCCAACACCGCCGACCGACCAAAGCCAAGAUGACGACUUCGGUGAGUUUUCGGGGGCUCCUGGUGACGCCCCGGCGACGGCGGUAGCUUCGCCAGGGUUCCUGGCAGCGGAAAGAGGCGCGAGUCCCGUGGCCACCAACGCUCCGAGAACGGCUGAGCCUUUCGCGAGUGGGGCGGCAGCAGCCGGAGGCGACGCGUGGAUGAUGGGAGGCGGCCGAGGCGGCCGAGGCGGCUCGGUGGGGUCGACCGUCGAUAGCGUCAAGGGCGCAGGGGGGGGAAUAGGAGGAGGAAACCUUGAUGAUUUGAUCAAGACCAACGUACAGGAGGCAGGCGCGGGGCCGGUGCACCUUUCGGACAUGAUGACGACGCCGCCGCUCGCGGAGAAGGCGCACAACCCCGUCAUGGUGGACAGAGCCUCGUCGUCCCGCACCAAGCUGUCCGUGUUCGACGAGAUGGCUGACCUGGACCUGGCCGUGGGGCAGGAGGACUGGAACGACUUCGCCGACGAGACCACGGCACCGCCCCGCUCUCCGACCCCUUCCCCACCGCCUUCGCCCCCUCCUCCACCUACGGCUACAGAAGAAGUCGUCAAAGCUGCCGUCGUAGAGGAGCCUGCAAUAGACGAUGCGAUUUGUAAUAGCGACGCUGAUAUUCGCGGGGAGCCCCGGCCUCUCGAUCAGGAUCCGGGAGUUGGGAGCGGCGCCGGCGGCAGCAGUAGCCCGGCGGCGUUGGCCGAAGACGAGCAGAAGCAGCAGCAGCAGCAGCAGCAGCAGCAGCAGCAGCCGCAUGCGUGGCCUGGCUUGGAGCAGCAGGGGAUGCCACUGUUCUCGUCGGAGGGGGCUGUAGCAGCGUCAGCCCACGCGUCCAUCGCGGACGGCGCGGCACCGGCGGCGGCGGCAGAGGGGGCACAAGGCCAGGACGACGAAUGGGGCGACUUCUUAGAUGCGACGGCGGAGGGGGAGGGGACGACCGGGCAGCAGCACCUGGCCGGUCCCGAAGGCGAAGCAACGGCAGUUAGAGAGGACAACGCGGCAACAAAUAAUGCCGCUGCUGCUGCUGCUGCUGCAGAUGAGGAUGAUGGCGAUGAAGAGUGGGGAACUUUCGCUGACGCGCCCGAGGCGGCGGCGGGGGAGGAGGCCGGGUUGGCUAUUGGCGACGCUAGCAGCACCGGCGGCUCGCGGGAGGCACCGCCGGAAGAAGCGGUCGACCCGUUUGCGGACAUCGAGCCUACGACCCCGCCUCCUCCUCCUCCUCGACCCCCCACGGUCGGGGCGACGGCGGAGGAUGAAGAGGCUGGGAGGCUCGGAAGCGAAGAGGAGGACGGUUCAGGGUCGUCUCCGAGCGGGGCUACGGCAACGACGACAGUGACGGCGCCGGGGCUCCCUCUGUCCCUGCGCGGUCUACGGGAUGCGCUGGCGAAGCAGGGGCGACUGGAGGAAGCCGUCGAGGUGCAGCGACGAAUGGAGCUACCGUCAUCGCCGCCGCGGACGAUAGACGUCCCGUAUUCGCCUGAAGACGUAACGGCCGAAGACGCGAACGCCCAUGCAGACGGCGGCGGCGAGGCAGAGGACGCCGACCUCGAGCGGUGGCGAGGUGCUGCUGCAGGAGACCUCCGGCCGUUUCCUACGGUGGAGGACCUCGCGGCAACGAUGUCCGCGGCCGAUGCCGCUCGGGGGGAGAAGUUUCGAGAGAGGUUCGUCCGCGGGCGGCCGCCGGUGGAAGAGGAGGCGCUUGCCGGCGGCGGGGGUGCCGCGGCGCUUGACGUAGCGGUGAAGCGGCAACGUUCCGCGCGGCGAGCGGUGUGCCUGCUGUCGAUGCUGGACGCGGCUGGUACGGCGGGUGAUGGCGCAGCCGACAAGGAUGUAGAAGACGGGAGAGAUAGAGGGCUGACCAGCGGCGGCGCCGUUGAGAAGGAGGAAGAAGAUAAGCUGGAGCUGGAUCUAGGGUUGGACACGCGGCGGGCGAGGUCUCCCCCUAGCUUGGCCGACUGGGCGGCCAUGAUGUCGUACGUCACUAGCAUGGCGGGGAAAGGGAUCGAGGCCCUAGCGGGCGGUGGUGCCGGCAGCGGCAGCGGUAGCGAUCGCGCGGCAGCGACACCAGCGUCUCUCACGCGACCGUCGUCGCCUUUUUCCCGCCCCACCACGGAGCGAGAGGGCGCUGAUUGUCGUGCUGAGAUAGAUUCCGCCGGGCUCCCCCCGGAUGCCGCCGCGCUCGCCAGCGACGGGGGGGCGGUGAGGAGGGAGGUGGCCAGGUCCCAAGAGUUCGAGUCGUUUUGUCGGGGCCUGCGGGAAGCGAUCAAGGUCUGCCGGAUGCUUCAGGCGUCGGCCGAGGACGCCUGCUGCCUCCAAGGGGUGGACGGCUUCGCCGCGAUGGAGCGGGCCUGGGCGGAGCUGCGGCGGUCCGCCCGGGAGGCAGCGGCGGCGGCGGCGGCCGGCGACGACGACGGCGGCGGCGACCUUCCCUCCGUUUUCGGGGUUGAGGACGGCGAGGAGGGAGUUUGUAUGGAGAAGGAGGCCCAAGGGGUGGGGGGGUCUCCUGGCGCCGCCUCUGGGUUAGUCGGAGGAAAAGGCGAGAGGACCGCCGUUGGUGGCGGUGUCGCUCCUGCGGGUAGUAGUAUCGUGGCGGCCAUCAGGGAAGCCUGCGUCGAGACCGCGCCGCCCGCGGAGGAUUCGGCGCUCUGCGGCGUGAGCCUCCAGCCGUUGGCGGUUUUUAGCGGUGGUGCCGGCGGCGGCGGCGGCGGCGGCGGCGGCGUUGAGCCGCCGGGUGUCGUGGAGUACUGCGGGGUGCGGUACUUGGCUUGCGCAUUCAACCUGUGGGUGAACGUGUUGGACAAACCGCCCCCGAGACCGUCGCCCGAUAAGAGAAGAGUGUCCUGAUACCAGAGGUUGCCGGCGACCGCGUGUCGCGUCCCCCAACAGAUGCUACUUCCUUAGAACCUUCUUACAGAAGCUUUUUAUGCCGGCGAUGCGGAGUCAACGUUGAUCUCGUUGUGCGCAAUGACGUGCACCGGGUUGAGGGAAUACCACCACCCGGCCGAAUCAAUUUUCGGCGUAUUCUUGCCGGUGUGGUGUGGUGGGUCCUGGUGUUGUUGUAGGGGUCGAAUUUGGCGUGUUUGUACGUACAAUUUGGGUCUUCCGGACCGGGAUGAAUCGGGUGCGAAAGCGUUUACAUCGGGCCAAGGAAAGCUCUUGCGGGUGUUGUGCCGUGCUCUAUCUACCACCGACUGCUGUGUACUGCGACGACCACCUGGCCCUCUCCACUUGAGCUUUAAACGGCUCCGGGGUCGUAAGUUUGUGUAUCGCGCCGCUUGAAGCCGGUCGCGGUGGAGUUCCUCAAUGAA